CUCCAUUUCUGCAGUCAAAAGGAAGCAAUAGCCAUCGAUGAGGAGUUAUUCUCCACGUACUGCUACAGCGUGGACCAGCUGAUGGAGCUAGCCGGGCUGAGCUGUGCCACGGCCAUUGCCCGGGCGUACCCCAUCAACAGCUUCACCAAGUCUGAGCCCACGGUGCUAGUUUGCUGCGGGCCGGGCAACAACGGCGGGGACGGCCUGGUCUGUGCUAGACAUCUCAAACUGUUUGGCUAUCUACCAUCCAUCUACUACCCCAAGCAGAAGGACGUUCAGCUCUACAAGAACCUCAGCACGCAAUGCAAGCACAUGGACGUCCCUUUCCUGUCCUAUCUGCCCUCCAGCAACCUCAUCGACAUGAGCUACAACUUGGUCGUGGACGCCAUCUUCGGCUUCAGCUUUUCGGGCCAGGCGAGGGCGCCCUUCGACGAAGUCAUCAAAUCGCUGAAGAACAUCACGAUUCCGCUGUGCAGCAUCGACAUUCCCUCAGGCUGGGAUGUGGAGAAAGGUAGCGAAGAUGGUCUCAAGCCCGACCUCCUCAUCUCACUGACCGCGCCCAAGAAGUCGGCCGAGCAUUUCAAGGGCAAGCACCACUACCUGGGAGGUCGCUUCGUGCCUCCCGAGCUAGCCCACAAAUAUCAGCUCGCUCUCCCCGAUUACCCAGGAACAGACUGUGUAGUAGAGCUAGUUAUAAAAUCGUCAAUAUAGGCACACACAACAAAUGUCUGUCUAGGUGAAUUAAUAUUUUACUUGUUUUUACAUAUUUGUUAAUUAAGCCGCAUCCGAAACUCUUUGUCUGGAGCUAUUGUUCGAGGUCCUCGUCCAUUGCAACUACGUGGGGACAAGCUGACAAUAGACGUAGCCAUAGCUCUAGAAGCCGUUUCGAAUCACUUGGAUACGGCUAAAAACAACACACUGGUCUAUGGGAAAUGGCUGCAGCCACUUCCAGUCCACGUGCGCGUGUGAUUUUCAGACGUACCCAAUCAAUUCGAACGCGGCCUUACUUUGCUUCUUGGCAUUUGUAUGCUGCCCUCUUGUGGCAGUGUGAGGGACACUAAGAGAGCUAACUGUUAGAUUUAUAUCGAGCACGUGUAUAAAGAUCAAAUUUAUUGUACAUACCUAUAUAAGGAAAUUUGCAGAGUUGUCGACUUUUCAAAUCACAAGUCUAUCACAUCAUCCAGUGUCAACUCCAGCGAUACAUUUAAGCUAUUGAAUUGAAUUGUGACAAUUAAAAGCAUAUUUUGUUGGCCACUGUUCAUUCCCUGUAGUUGACCGUACUCUUUACUUGUGAUUUGACUACAACUCCGGGAGUCUAAAACUGUAGAAAUUUGGAUUGUGUACAAAAUUCAUUACAAUUGUGAAGUAGGUAUUAUGUGAUAUAAAAGUAGUAUUUGUUAUUUACUCCGACGAUACGCAAAACUAUUUCCUUGACUUUCUGUUAACGGAACAAUCCACUAGGAUUCAUGUUCAGUAGAGUUCAUUUUCAAACAUACAGUACUGUGUUUUUUUAAGUGAAACUUUUCUAGAAUUUAUGUGAAGGAAACAAAAGCUCUUAAAUCUGCGGGUACUUUAAAUCUGUGAAUUGAGAUGCUUACAAAAUAUUUAACAAUACAAAUUAAAGGGCACAUUUUUCUGAAGGCCAUUCAGAGGGGUUCACCUAGAUUAAGUAGAAAGAAAGCAAAACUGUAGUUGAUGGGGAAAGCAAGCUUGAAAAGAUGCGUAUCAAGUUUCAGUGAGUAUGUGUGAAGAGUGUGAUGGUUUUUGUCACUGUGAGAUCUGCUGUGUUCCAGAGCAGGGGUGCAACAUUUGAAAAAGUCUAUGUCAGUGUUGGUGGUACGGCGAGUUUGGGGAAGUGAAAGCAACCUGCCAGAUGACUUUAAGCUUGGUUUGGCGUUGCGAAGGUAUAAUAAGUUCUGAAGGUAGAGUGGAACAGAACCAUGAAAGGCUUAAAAUGUUAAAGGUACUAUACAACAUUUGCAAACAUCAAAAAACAAAACUACCAAACUGUUAUGAAAUACCUUACUGGACUGUAAGUGAAUC